AUGGAAACGACCAACUCCGGCGGCAGAAGGCUCCGCCUCGUGAUCUGGGACGGUGAGCACUCGUGCCACACGAUCGUGAGACCGGAGUGCGUUCCUUUGUGCGAUGCGGGCAAUUUGCAGCGCUCGUCUAUUGUGGCCAUCACGAAGUAUAACAUUGAGAGAAUGCAGAAGAACAAGCACGUUUUGGUAAUUGAGGAGUUGCGCGUGGAGCACCAUUCGGCGCCAAGAUUCAGCGACAAGGUUGUUUCGGUGGAUGAGUAUUUUGCGGGAAAUCCGGGUGAUGAGGCGCUUCCACAGGCUGGUGUGCCUGCCGCGUCCACACCGCCUGCAGCACCGCUUGUGUCUCACCAGCCGGCCGUGCAGCACCAGUCUUCUACGCCGCGUUCUAACAUCUUUGCGAUCGAACAGCUCUCCCCAUACCAGAACUCGUGGACCAUCAAAGCCCGUGUCUCCUAUAAGGGCGACAUCCGCACGUGGACCAACGCACGCGGUGAGGGUAAACUUUUCAACGUCAACCUCCUCGACGAGUCGAACGAGAUCCGUGCCACGGCCUUCAAUGACGUCGCGGACAAAUUCUACGACCUUCUCCAGGAGGGCAAGGUGUACUACUUUUCCAAGGCGCGCAUCCAGCAGGCCAAGCCGCAGUUCAGCAACCUUUCCCACCCGUACGAGCUCUCUUUCGACCGUGACACCGAGGUGGAAGAGUGCUUCGAGUCUGACAACAUCCCAAAGCUUCUCUUCAACUUCACCACGUUGAACAAGAUUGCGGAGUGCGAGACCAACUCGGUAAUCGACGUGUUGGGAGUCUUGAAGGAGGUUCACGAUCCAUUCCAGAUCACAGCCAAAGCGUCGGGCAGACCGUUCGACAGACGCGAUGUGGUGAUUGUGGACGACUCCAACUUUGCCAUCACGGUCGGUUUGUGGAACAAGACUGCGUUGGACUUUAACCUUCCUGUGGGCUCUGUGGUUGCUUUCAAGGGGGCUAAGAUCUCCGAUUUCGGUGGCAAGUCCUUGUCUUUGACCCAGUCCGCGACCAUUGUGCCAUCGCCAGACUCUCCGGAGGCCUACAAGCUCAAGGGCUGGUUCGACACCCAGGGGCAGUCUCAAUCCUUUACAUCCUUGAAGACCGAGGUUGGGCACAGCUCGCCAAACGACAGAAUCACUCUUGGUCAGGCGCAGGCGGAGAAUCUCGGAAUGAACGAAAAGCCAGAUUACUUUUCUUCCAAGGCAACCGUUUCGUUCCUCCGGACCGAGAAUUUCUGCUACCCUGCGUGCUCCUCUGAGGGCUGCAACCGCAAGGUCGUGGAACAAAACUCCGGUACGUGGCGCUGCGAGAAGUGCGACAUGGACCACGCGGCGCCGUCGUACCGUUAUGUCUUGAGCGCGUCCCUUUUGGAUAGCUCGGGCCAGAUCUGGGUCUCCAUGUUCGAUGAGCACGCGCAACAGAUGUUGGGCGUGACAGCCGGAGAGUUGAUGCAGAUGAAGGAGAACAAUGACGAGAACGGCGAAUUCACCAAGGUGAUUUCCAACGUCCAGAUGAAGGAGUAUAACUUCCGUUUCAAGGCCAAGCAGGACGCGUACAACGGGAAUGUGAGAGUGAGGUACCAGGUCAUGCGUUUGGCAGAAAUUGACUUUACGGCCGAAUCUAAGGCCUUGGUGGGCAAGUUGGAUGCGUUGAUGGUUUAG